CUCCCGCCGUGGUGCUGAGCCUGCGACGUUGGAUGGAAAAAAAAGCUCCCUUUUUGCUCCCUCGACGCACGAUUUGGAGGAAAAAUGAGUGAAGCUCCAGGUCAAGAGUCUUCUCUAGAAUAAUCCUGGCAGAACCGCUGAGGAUCCGCAGAACGAAGAGCAAAGCGCGUAAGAAGAUCUUCAUAAAUGCAAAUCAAGAAGAGGAGCUUCUUUGUGUUGAAAUCAACACUUAAAGAGUGGACAACAAAUACUGGAAACAGAUCCCACUGAUCAUUCCAAAGGUUUAUCAAUUUGGGUCUGUCACAACUAAAACUGAAGACAAACUGUGUUACCUCAAACUCCUAUCCAACAAAAUAUGACUUAACAUGGGUCCCCUGCUAAUCCCCAUGAAGCAGAGACUGGUAUCGUGAAGGCUUCACCCCUUUUACCGCUCCCAACCCAGACCCGUCUCCUCUUUGGAAACCCUACCAGCAGCUUUUGUUGCUUUCCUUUACCUGUAAACACACCUUUCUUUCCCAUUUCCCUCUACAUUCUCCUGAUUAUAGUUUCAUUUUUUUCCCAUUGAUUUAUAUUGGAAUAAUGCAGGGUGCUUCUACCACCUCCGCUUUCCUUCUUAUUCUUCCCUCCCUCCUAUUUUUGUCUUAUUUCCCUAACACGGCUAAUGGGGACUGCUGGCUCAUUGAGGGGGACAAAGGCUAUGUGUGGCUAGCUAUUUGUAGCCAGAAUCAGCCUCCAUAUGAGACUAUCCCCCAGCACAUCAACAACACAGUGCAUGACUUGAGAUUGAAUGAGAACAAGCUGAAAGCCGUGCUCUUCAGUUCCAUGUAUCGAUUUACCAACUUGACUGACCUCAACCUCACCAAGAAUGAAAUCAACUACAUUGAGGAUGGAGCCUUUGCAGGACAGGCCAAUUUACAGGUUCUUCAGUUGGGUUACAACAAACUGACAAACUUGACUGAGGGUAUGUUGAGAGGGCUCGGCCGUAUGCAGUGCCUGUUCCUGCAGCACAACCUGAUUGAGGUUGUUGCCAGCAAUGCAUUCUGGGAGUGCCCGAGCCUGAGCAGCAUUGACCUGUCAUCCAACAAACUUGCCCGCAUUGACCCAUCCACUUUCACAGUUCUUAGUCGGCUUAUGGUUUGUGAACUGGCAGCAAAUCCAUUCCAUUGUGGCUGCGAUCUUUAUAGUUUUCUAACCUGGUUGGAGUUCUUCAACAAUGUCUCACAUACUUAUGACCGCCUCCUAUGCGAGACGCCGCGGGAGAUGUUUGGCUAUCCUUUACUGAGUCCUAUUGCGGCUGGACAUUCUGGUCGGAAUGCUAAAAACAUUUUGUACCAUCACUGCCGAGAUGGUGUAAUGAUUCCAGGAAUGACCUCUCUACCGCCAGAUUUAGAUGGUCCUUCUGGGAUCGGACCAGAGAUGUUUGGUGGUAUAGGACCAUACCACCAGCCUACAACCUCUUCCUCGUCUACUGAAGACAGCUUCAGUCCCAGCAUAAAGCUCCAUCAUGUCUCUUUGUCAUCAGCAUCUCUCCUUGUGAAGAUUCCAAAGCCCUUCAGUAAAAUGUAUAUUCUAACACAAUACAACAACACAUUUGUGUCUGAUGUCAUGAAUUUGAAGAAUAAGAAGGAGAUGAUCACCCUAAACAAACUAAAACCACGCAGUAAUUACACCUUCUGUGUGGUAUCCAUCCGCAACUCUCAACGUUACAACCACACCUGUCUCCAGUUUUCCACUCGAGGGCAAAGUCAAGAUGAUAUGCUCCCCACACCUUCCACCACUACUCACUAUAUAAUGACUAUUGUGGGCUGCCUUUUUGGCAUGCUAAUCAUUUUAGGCCUCGUCUACUAUUGUCUUCGUAAAAAACGGAUGCAUGAUGAGAAGAGGAAGUCUAUCUGUGUCAAGAAAACUAUACUAGAAAUGCGCUAUGGACCAGAGGUGGCAGCAGCAGUAGCAAAUGAUCCAUCAGCAGUCCACAAACUCCAGGAACAGUCCAGAGAACAUCACCAGUAUCAGCAUCACCAUGGAGGGAAACUUCCCAUGUCGACAUCCUCAAGCUCGGGAAUGCUCCACUCAGCCAACACCACUUCCUCAAGACUUUCUUCUAUCCCACAAGUGGAAAAGAUGGCCACUGCCUUUUCGGAGGCCAUGGCUACAAACAAAGGGAACUAUAUGGAUAUCAGAACUGGAGGGGCAGGGGUGGAGCGGAUGGCAGAUGGUAUGCAUGGAGUGAUGAGGGGAGAAGACUUGAGGGACGAUGAUGGAACCGAUAUUGGCGAUGACUCGGAUGAUGAUGGGCAUGGUUCCGCAUCUGAGAUCUCAACUAUUGCCAUGGAGGUGGACAAGGUUAAUCAGAUCAUUAACAAUUGCAUUGAUGCCCUGAAACUGGAUGCAGCUGCAGUUGCUGCUUCAGGGGCCUCUACAAACCCUUCAUCCUCCAAUCCCACCUCCCCACCGCCCACCAGCACGUCCUCCCUAACACGUGGCCUAAUCCCACUCUCUCAAGGGGUGACAGAGACAUGCCAGGUCAUCGCUCCCAACAAAGUACCCCCUCCACCUCCACUCCCUGCCUUGAAUGCCCCUCUCUCUGAGCGCCCUGGAAUCAGUGGUGGGGGAUUUGUUGUCACUCCCCCCUACAGGCCCCCUCCUCCGGCUAACGCUGUACGUCCCAUUCAGCGGCAAAUGAGUGCAGAUGCAGCUGUCGUUAUUGUAAAUUCUGUCAAGAAACAGUGCAGUACCACAUCUUGUGGCUCCAUGGGUCGAGACAGGGAGCGCGGAGGAGCCAGGGUGUACAGCCUGGACGUCCCUGAGCCAAGGAGCCCAGAUGCCUGUAAUCAACAGCAGCAGCAGUACCCAGACCGGGCCAGUCCUGUGGGCUGUGGGGAGCCCCUGGAAAGACUCCCUUUAGUGGGAAGUGGGAGCUGUGGUGGAGGGAGUGGUGGUGGUUGCGACAGUGGUGGUGUUGGUGCCCAACAUCAGGACAACCAAAAAUCCCACCAUUACCAUCAGCAGCAACAGAUACAACAUCAACAGCAGCAGAAGCAGCAGCAGCAGCAGUUGGAGGUGCAGCAGGACUACCACUGCUCGGAGCACCGCCACUCUGUCCCCGCUCUCUACUAUGAAGGCUCCCACCAGGGUUCCCCAGCCCAAAGAGUUUCAUUCUUAAAGCCCCUGACACGGUCCCGCAGGGACGCAGCUUCUUACUCCCAGCUGUCGCCUGCCCGCCAUCAUUCCAGUUACUCAGGCUACUCCUCCAGCCCCGAGUACUGCUCAGAGAGCUCACUGCGGAUCUGGGAGCGUUUUCGUCCCUACAGGAAAGGCCCACGUGAUGAGUCCUGUUAUGUGACCGCUGGAAAUGCCCUUCGAAAAAAGGUGCAGUUUGCUAAAGGCGAGGACCUGCAUGACAUUCUUGAUUACUGGAAGGGUGUGUCAGCGCAGCAAAAGCUGUGACUGGGGGCCAGAGUUAAGCACUGGAGGAUAAAGAGUUCAGAUACUGCUUUUACUGAUGCACCCCUGGGCCAGAGAAAUCAGUUUUACUUCAUAGGGAGAAAAAUGUAGGACAAAAUUUUGCCUUUAGGUUUUUUUUUUUCUCCUUUUGGCAUGCUAGGUGUAUAAAUAUUGCGCUAAGAGCAAGGACUGCAAAACUGUGCCUGGGAUCUGAGUCAUUACGGUCUUUUUUUUUUUUUUUUUUUUUUACACAUCAUUGUAGCAACUUCUAUGGCUCAUUCUUAUUCAGUGUUUCUGGGUUUCAUUUAUAGUACAGGGAGCAAAUGCCAACUCUGUAAUUUAGUACUCUAUUUGACUGAUCGCAUUUUGUGAUGCAAAGGACCAUCUUUAUCAGUGCCAUGUUUUCAUCUGUGGGUUGUCACAGAGUAAAUGCUGAUGCCCUUCAUUUUCUGCUUAGUGUGACCCAAGAUGUUUUGUUUUUUUUGUUUUUUUUAUUGGGUGCUGCAUACGUUUUUAGCAUUCCACCUGGGAUUGUUUAGACGUUCUAAGUAAUGGUGAAUCUGAUAGGGUAUGAUCUGUGCUGUGGUACAACUGACAACGUGCAGAUCAGUGAACAGAGAUGUCAAAUUCAGGCUCUGACUUUAUUCUCUUAGAUCCUUCUUGAGGCCAAGAUAUUUGCAUUUCAAAAAGCAUCUGGCACACUAAAAAAAGAGUAAUUGUAAAGAAAUGAACAUAUGAAGAUAAAAUAUAGUGAAGUGGGUUCUAGGAAAAUCAUAGGAAAAAGAUUGGGACAUUGGCCGGAAACAGUGCCAUGGAUGCGUCUAAAGCAGGGGUGGGGGAAUGCCAGUUCUCAAGGGCCGGUGUCCUGCAGGUUUUAGAUGAUCCAACACAGCUGAUUUAAAUGGCUAAAUGACCUCUUUAACAUGUCUUGAAGUUCUUCAGAGGCCUGGUGAUGAACUAAUCAUUUGAUUCAGGUGUGUUGACCCAGGGUGAUAUCUAAAACCCGCAUCCUUCCAAGUAACAAUCUUGCAUAGUUUAAUGAGUAAAGAACCAGUUCCCUAAAAUAUCCUCACUGACCUAAAUCAUACUUCGCUGAGCAAUGAUCUGAAUUAUGGUGUUUGUCUGAAGCAAUACAGAGGACACACUAACAUUCCCUUAAAUACUACUUGCCUGACGGUGUAGGAUGUGGUGUACAAUGAGGGAAGCGAUAGAUAUCACUUUAAUCAUAUGGGUCACAAGACGUGUGAUCCAUAUAUGGCAGAGGCCAAAAAAAGAAAUGAAGGGUUCAACCCAGGUUACAAAUCAUUUUCCGCAGCCACAGUGAAUGUAAGUAGAUUACAAGCAGGCAGGUUAUGGGGAAAUCUAUUUUCAUCAUUUAGUGUUAGCACGACUGUACAUUCCAAAUCCUUUCUCUUACAUUAAAACUGAUUGAGGCAGAGAGGGAAAGGACACUUCUAAUUACUGCCAAUGUGUCUGUUCUUUUCUGGGAAUUAAUGUUACUGUUGUAUAUAACUGAUAAUUAAAAAAACAAAAAAACCCACAAAAACAAACAAAAAAAUCUUGUUACAGGCAUGUCUGCUUGCACUCUAUGCCUCAUGAUUGUGUGUGUGUGGCUGUGUGGUACACAGUGGUCAUUGUAAGCAGGUGUUGGCAUGCCUUGUUCAAUUAUAUUGUAUAUUCCCCAACUAAUUAAAAUUAAUAUUCGUCAAUAUUUCGCCCUGUGGCUGGUUGUCUGAGUCUGAACUAGAUUAUUAACGGCAUGUGUAAGUGUAGAGAUGUCAAACAUGUCCAGUGUAUCUUUCUCCCCCUCUUGCUAACUCAGCCAUCCCAUAAUCUCUAAUCAUAAACAGGAUUAUUGGGCCUUUUCUUGAAUUUUCUACUGAAAUGACUUGCUUGUAAUAAUGACACCUUUGUUUCGUGGGACUCAAAAAGGCAUCCUGCUUACCUUAAGUGCUGUGUAACAGUUAAAUUUUCAUAUCAUCAGCUAACAUACACAAUCAGAGACAUAAUACCCUAAAAAUGUGAAAACUAAAUCAGCGGUUACCGCUCCAUAUCUUUGUUCACGGCUACCUUCAGUAAGUUUUAAUGACAAGUUUACUGUCAGGUAUAUAUUUUCUUUCUUCUUACGCUCACUUGUAUAUUGCAAGUAGUGUUCGCUUGGUCCGCCUCCCACCACCUUCCCUGCUCCCACAGGUUGAAUGAGGUACAUAGUAGGUGUGAUGUGAGCAGGGUACCGAACACGACCUGCUCUGUUUUAUUAAAUGAGGUUUGUUGCAGGCAGAACUUGGAGGAGGGGUGCACCGUGUACCAACACUGCUUCUUUUCUGUUCUUUGUGAUGUUUAUUUUUAAUACUGGAUUGAUUCUAUUAAAAAAAACUGCAGGUUGAACAGGAAUGAUAUGCAAACCAUAAUGUAUUUCCACACUGAUCUUUGUAUUCCCUUCUUCCUCUCUUUUCUUCUUGUUUAUCAAGAUGUUUGGAUAGAGUCAGAUUCAGAGGUCAUAAUCGUUGGAUCAGUGCAUAACUGUGUGUGUCUGGGUCCACUGUAAUCUUUUAGCAACAGUGUAUCGGGGAUGCACCACCUCAUCUGCCUUGUUUUUACAAUGAAGCACCGUGUGAUGAACAUAUAAUACAGUCCUGGAAGUCUUUUCUGCUUUAUUCUAAGUAACAUGUUACUGUGACUGACUUAGUUUUACCAGUUUGUUUACUUGUAUGUACUAAGAGUAUCUAAUCCUACAGAAAGAACUUGGUGCAUUCUUCAUCUGCCAUAACAAGUUUACAGAAAUAGACAGCAAGGUUAAGCAUAAGCAACAUAUGUUAAGGAAUAUCAGGACGGUUUUCAUUUCAGUUGCCAUUUGUGUUAAUCUACCUGACAAAAUAACAUUUGACAUUACUGUUCAGUGAAAAGGACCACUGUAGCUCUUAGUAUUGUGUGCAGGAAGUUGUAUUUGGUGAUAGGGCUAUGUGCUGGGUUUUCCAUGCCUUUCCACAUGAAUUCAUGAAAAGCUGGUGGCAGCAAGACCAGAGAACAUGGCAGAACAGUACAGACAUCAAUGAUAGAAAGUCUGUGAGGUUGCAAAGCAGCUUGCAAGCAAGCUGAAUCGCUUGCCCAAUAUGGCAAAACCCAAUCCGAUUUGCAUUUGGAUGUAUAAAAAGGCCUCAGCUGAGCAUUCAACUUAUGUGGCUUGGCACUGAAAACUAUAUAAGUAAUUUGAUUUUAUUAAUGUUGUCACUGACUUUUUCCUCCAUACAUUUUCUGUUUUAUUUAACACUUAUGAUACAUCAGUGAUUUUCAGGAGAUAAACUUUCUGUUGUCAAGUGCUCUUCUGCUCAAUUUUGAAACAUUUGCUUAGAUCCCAUUUUUUACUGCAUUUGAGAGAAGUGCCAACAUUUCUAAUGAUUUCUGAGUAGCUUCAGUAAACCUCAAAUGACUGUUAUUAUUACAGUUGAGCAGAGGUUUCCCAUUACAGUUCAUUUUAAGUUGUUGCCAAAAUAGAAACUACAUUUUACCAAAAUUGUAGUUAAAACGCAUAAUUAAAAUUAACAUUUAAAUUUGAAUCGUGAGACAGUAAAACUUGGAAGCAGCUUUCAGAAAACACAAAAAACACAGCCACAGAUAGUAUUGAGCAUGAUUGUGAACAGAAGAAGGUGAGCAACCAUUUUUGCCCUCUCAAAUAAACUUCUGCCGUCUAUUUUUGUUUGAAACGCACCAGAUGGUGUUUUAAACUUAUUAGAUACUUAACAAAUUGAUUAGACCACCUGUCAUAAAAACAAGAAAACAAAUAGUUUAGAAAUCUGUCAAAAUUUGUUUCAAACUAAAAAUAUACAUUGGUCUUUAUUUUGCAAAACAUAAAUGUCCAAAUUUGAGGCAACACGCUGGACUUCUCUGGGAAGUUACAAAUUGAUCAGGUGCACCAUCAACCACUAAAACUAUUUUUUCAUUUUCAGGAAAGUAAAGCAAUUUGGUGUCUCAAUAACAAAAUAAAAAAUGUGUGUUAGUGUUUUUUCUACUUUUUUGUAAAACAGUACAUUUGAAAAUUCAUGGAUAAGAACAAUAUUGUAAUUACGAAAUGCUAAAAUACAAGCAUUAAAAUAUAAUUUCACUUAAAGAGCUCCUGCAUACUAGUGGAUUAACCAUUGCAGAAACAUAAAAAAUUUAUUUUAGUGAUUGGCAGUAGUGUUAAUUUAGGGCAACUGUGGCAUGAUCUCUACAUUGAAUGGUAGUCUAGCAAAUUCAAUCCAUAAAAUACAUAGGAUUUCAAUUCAAUGCAACAGAGACUAACCAUUUGGUCAAAGAAUCCUUUAGGCUAUUCAUUCAAAAUUGAGACAAAACUUUAAAUAUUUUUCAGAACAUUAGCAAUGAGAUUUUACUUUUUUUGUUUGUCUCACAGAGUAAGGGAAAAAAACAUGAAGCAAAAAUAUCUUCCUUCCCUGCCCAUAUCCUCACUGAAACCCUGGAGGGUGACUCACUUGGAGAUGGAUGGUUGUUUUUGUAGUUCCAUCGAUGUUGUUUGUCUCAAAGCAACCGGCAAGUCAGACGUGAGAAAACCAUGCAGUGUACUAUUAAUGUUUGAACCUUUUCUUAGAGUCUGGCUUUUAUGAUUUACACUCUCUCCAAGUCAGGCUUGAAUUAGGUUCAGUUCUGAUGCCUUAUGUCUUAGUCUCAUGUCUAUUCAAUGAGCAAUGGUAAUAAUAAUAAUGAAUCGAUAAUUUUGUUGGACAACUGCGUAAAAUAGAAUUUUAUACCCAGACAAUUAAUCCUUGAUGCGCUCUAUUGGUUGUCAUGAUUGACAAUCAUCAUCAUUUAUACAUUCCUACUGUAAAAUAAUAUAGAGGAUAUCUAUAUGUAUAAGAUAUAACAAUCAUUACCUGAUCACAACACUGAAUGAUAAAUAUUGAGUAAGUUUAGCAAUACAGGUAUAUGUUUAAUAAUACAUGGUUUCAUAAGACCAUCAUCAAACUGAAUUUUUCAACUUGUUUAUUAUGUGUCAUUUUAAAGCAUUUUCUCCCUCCCCUUUCUUCUCCUUUUACCUUCCCUCACCAGGAAACACAUGAGUCAGGAUGAGUCACAGUGUGAUGAAACUUAAAUGAGUAUUUUCUUGAAAGGCAGGUAAUAGACACGGUCCUGAAAGAAUAAGGCACUAGGCUGGAUGAGAGCUGAAGGCAGGGGCACAUGUCCAGAUAUAAAAAUGUGUGGAAACAUGGCUACAGGAACAAACAAUAGCACAUCUAUAACAGAGGGAUUUUGUAGGAACAGUUAUUACUAAAUAUUCCAAAUUGAUGGCAGCUAAAACCAGCUCUCAGCUUUCAAAAGCAUCAAAGAAGGCAGCUUGAUUACCAGUUCAUUGUAAGGUAACAGGCAGGCAUCUGAAUUGAAAAAUCCUUUCUUUUGGUAUCCUCAGACCUUCUGUCCAAUAGUCUACUAAGUCAGUUAGUCAGUUGCCAAAUUUGAUAAAUGAAAAACUGCCCUGUGUGUCUUCUCAUGAUAGCCGCAGAAGGGCUUCUGAAUGCAUGCCAUUGUGUGUGUGUGUGUGUGUGUGUGUGUGUGUGUGUGUGUGUGUGUGUGUGUGUGUGUGUGUGUGUGUUAGCCUAAGUUGUAUUUUCGUAAAUGGUGAAAGGAAUUCGGCAAAGACAAAUGAAACCUGGCUUUGUGUGACUAAUUUCUUGCUCACUGUUCACACAGCACUGACAGGCUGAGAACCGCCAGCACUUCCUUUCCAUCUGCCAAGCUCUCUGGAAAAUCUAACUGUAAAAAUCUGUAAGCUGAAAGCAUUCAGUGACAACUACUAUCCUUCACCUGAAUGUACAAGUUGCCCCUAAUGUGGUUUCUGAGCAGAAGAGCAUUUGAAAAUCCUAUUUCUAUCCUAUAUCAGUAAGCCCAAAUGGGCUGAUCGGACCCGGUUUCCAAAGAGGGACAAAGGACUAAUAGAAUCUGUGAAAUAUCUGUGAAUUUUGUACACUAGAUAAAAAAAACAAAACAAAAAAACAUAGUAAGGUUAAAAAUGCUUCUAUGGAUGUUUUUUUAUAACUCAGCCUGAUCUAUUGAUAUGUCUAUGUGUAUCUAUUUUUCAGUUUAGUUGUCUUUUUUUCUUUUUUAGUUUCUUUUUUGUUUGUUUGUUUUUUUUUCUUGGUGUGGGGGGGUUAUUGGGAAAUUAUUGGGGACAAAGAGACUGACUUUUAGUACUUGCGAUGAUUUAUGUUAUAAAGGUUUAAGAACAGAGAAAACUUAACAUAGUGUACUACAUAAAAGAAAAAGUUGUUAUAUUUGCAUGAUUCCCUGUAUUUUUUGAGAGACAAAAUAUAUUGUUGUGUACAAUGAGUGGACGUACAUCGAAAACAAAAACUAGGGGCUCAAAUAUUGUCAAGUACAUUUGAUUUGAACAUCUAGGUUUUAGCCUUCUUUUUUUUUCUAAAAAAAAUGGUGAUGUUAUACUUACAUUUUUGAUUCUUGCCUAUUGGUUUUCAUUUGGUUGGUUGUAUUAUAAAGUGUACUGACAGUUACCUCUGCAGAUAUGCUAAUCUUUAGCAACAGGUGUAUAAAAAGAGGGUAAAUAUAUAAUAAGCUGCUGGUUGUUUACAUCCAUCUGCUCUGUCUUCUUCUUCUUUAUUCUCCAUGCAAAGCUAUCUUUCAAGCUUGAGAGUUACCUGAUCAUACUCUGUCUGUCAGCCAUGGCAAAAAAAAAAUGUUUUCCUUUUUUUCUUUUUGUAGUGACGCAAGCACACUGUGGAUAUUCUUAACCUAAUCUCAAUCAUUCAGUUAGCAUUCACUGGCAAAUUAAUGCAGCCUCAGCAGCUUCUCCCUCAGCCUCAGCCCACUUGCUGUUAGGCAAAUGAAUGAUUUUCAUUCCUCCUGCUCUGGUCUGAGAGCCUGCUGGUUUUCUAUCCAACUAGUUUAUUAAAUUCACCCUGUAUCCGGCCAGUUGUAAAUCAGCCGUUUAUCAUCAUCCUUGAAUAAUAGACUAUUUAAUUAAGUAGUUCUUCUGCUGGAAAACUUCUUGAAUGUGCAAAACAGGUGGUCUGAAGUUGAAUCAAAGAAAAGACAUAGCUGUGCCAUUAUAGGAGCUGAAACUGAAACUGAGGUUCUUGUAUUUAUUCUUCUGCAGCACUUAAAAAACAGAGCGCAUGCUUAGAAAAGAAAACCACAAAGACUCUGGUGCAUUUUAUUUUCAUACCCAUCCUGUAACAUGUUAGUAACACUCACUGUGGCUCUGCUGCUAUGUUAGUUAUUGCUAUAGGGUUUGUGCAUGGCAGCAAGCCAUAAAUCAUAGCCAUGUUUACUUUCUGCAGCGAUAACGCUGAGCGCCUCCCGCAGAGAUAUUCACUGCCCAUUUUGUGGCCCAGUCUUUGCCAAAACUUUAAGAGGGCUGCUUGUGUCAAUUACACAGAGAACAUUAAAUGCAUUAACCCAGGGCUAAGUUGGGUCCUCUGCUUUUCAAAAGGGCCCAGGCUAUGUUGGGCAGCCAAUUUAUAGAGAUUGGUUUUAAUUGGGUGAAAUGACACUGUAAUCAGAUCAGUUCUAUAUUGGUACUGGAGGGUAAUCUGUAACUCAGAGCUCCCAUUUCUCUAACCCCUGAUCCAAAAGCUGUGAAAAUUGCAAAAAAGGUUGCAAUGUGGUGAGACCAAAUGCUGUUCAGUACUUGGAGCCAAUCAUUAGGAUCAGUGGAAAUGUUUUCUGUACUCACAAACAGCAGAGGCUGGGUCACACAGUCCAGUGCUAUAAUAAUCCCCAAUCCAGAAUGAUUGGCCUUGUCAGUGCCAGAGACUGAAAACUCUACAGCAAAAAUGGCCCAUUGUCCACAGAAUCAAGGGCCUUCCUCAAAUCACUGAGGAAAAGAAAUAAAUGUGGACUGUUCAAAUGCUAAUAGUGCCAUUCUUGCCUUACAACAACAAAAGCAUUAAUUGUUCAUAUUUGCCAUCAAGUAAACACAAUUUCGAAACAUCUGGUGUUAGAGAGAAAUGAGAAAUUACUAAAUUACUAGAAUUGAGCAAUUACUAUUGAAAAAGACGAAUAGCAAUAUCAAAAUUGCUGAUCAAUUAUUGAAAUUCUGCUGAGCACCAAUACCACAUUCCACAUGUACACUGUGACCAAUCAAGCCAUGUUUUAGAAAAGUACAGUGCAGGUUUCUGAUGUACAGUAAUUUUUCAGUCCUUAAAUCAUUGCUUUUCAUUUGCUAUGGUGACGUUUUAUUUUCAUUUACUGUAUAUAAAAUAUUUUUGUUUUUUACAGAAGCAUUUUUCAUUCAUUUUUUUAAACUCUCAAAUGAAAAAUUAGAAGCAUUUGGCUUUCUUACAGGUCGUACCAGCUGAAAAUAAGUGUAAAGCAGCAUGAAAAGCCCCCUAAAAGUAUCAGUAUUUGUGGUCACAACUAUGUAAUAUAUAGUUUUAAUUACUGAGCUGAGGCGCGACCACCAUCUGUGUGAUUUCUGUAAGGUCAAGGUCUAAGGCAAAUUCUCACAAUUAUCAUAUGGUUUUAGUUCCUGUUUGGAAAUGUGUGUAAAAUUUAUGUCGAAAUGUGAGUCUUGCCUAGCUGACAGCAUCAGGAGGUCUUUGUCUAAAAUGAAGAGUUGAAAAGGGCCACAGCAGGAUCCAGUUCCUGUGGUUGGAAUUUUUUUGAAUGAUGGCAGCAAAUCUAGGCUUUCCGCUUUCUUUAAAUAUUUGUUGCUGAUAUUAACAUUUCCCUUUGCAAUUUCUGUACAAAAGAUCUAUUUCUAUA